AGCUGGCAGUGCUGCACGCCCAGCCCACCGUAGGCGCCACUGGCACACGAGGUCCCCUUUUGCCCCUCCAAAUCCUUGGUAUUGUUCUUUCUCGCAAACAAUUGCUGGAGAAGCACAUGCAGCGCGCCGCCUCUGCGCCCAUCAACAGUCGAUGGAAACAUCUUCCACUACAUUAAGGUAGAUGAUUCUCUGCUCUUUUUACUGCUUGCCGGUCCCAUUGUUAGAUAGGAGUUAAUCUCUUCGUACUUCUCAUAUCAACACGUUGGCAUCAUCGCCUAUAUCCCUGUGAUUGAGGCGGCAGUAUAUCAGAAAAUAAUGGACGAGUACGACAGCGAUUCACAAGAGGGUCAUAAUGACCCUUCUCAGCCGUGGCCCUUUGAGCAACAAACAGCGUCGUCGUCAGCAUCAGCCAGAGACCCAGACGUCAUCCGUCUUCAUGAACACCAUCGCUAUGAAGAACAAGUCCGCGCAGACGCCUACUUGCGCCCAUAUCUCCCCCGCCAGCCUCGAUCGCUCUCCGGCAUCGCCAUACGUGCCUUUUGUUUGGGUAUAGCUGCUGCAUCGAGCCUUAGCAUCGCUGCAGGGAUCCUCAUAUUCACAGACAGCCCUGCGUGGCGGCCGCCGUUCUUUGUGCUAGCUCUCGCAACAUUUCACUUCCUUGAGUUCUGGACUACAGCAGAGGCAAACACGCGCAUUGUAACGACCGAUAGCUUCCUUUUGACGGCUAAUUGGCCACACUACGCCAUUGCGCAUUCGUUUGCCUUUACCGAAAGCCUUCUUGUGUCAGUCUUCUUCCCAACGCGAUGCUGGUCCCCGUUCGGUCUGGGGCCGGUUCUUCUCUGUCUUGGGUUAGUUAUCACAGCUGUGGGACAGUUUAUCCGUUCCAUGGCAAUGCUCCACGCAGGCAGCAAUUUCAAUCACGAGGUACAAUGGUACAAGUCAGAAUCUCAUGAGCUUGUCACGACAGGCAUCUAUAAGUACUUCCGACAUCCUUCGUAUUUUGGAUUCUUUUGGUGGGGUCUUGGAACCCAGCUUGUUUUGGGAAACGUCAUCAGCUUCUUCAUAUAUACGGGUGUCCUCUGGUGGUUCUUCAAUAGGCGGAUACGAUAUGAAGAGGCUAUGCUGGUAUCCUUCUUCAAAGACGACUACGUGCAGUACAGAGCUAGGGUGUCUACAUGGAUUCCUUUCAUUCGGUAACAUGUGCCCUUGUAUAUUAUAUAGAAU